UGAUGCGAGAGCUUUCGGUGUCUGUGAUCAACAUCAAUGUACUGACUGCCAAAUGAUGGAGCUUUUUUGACACUAUUCAUCGCCGUUUUCGUUUCACAAUUGGUUCCGACAAGGAGCGCUGUGGCGGAUGUGUUUUUUGAGACGUUAAUAACGGAGGGAUUUGAAGAGGAAAAGACGAGUUUCGUGUCGUCACUUCGCCUGGCCUGGCUUCUUAGUGACACAGGUGGAUUGAAGCUGGAAAUGAAGACUCGUCUCGGACUAUCACAUAGGCGACAGUUUUAGUAUUCACAUCUCAGACAGUUUAUCUUUAAAGCUAAUAUUUUAUUUAACACAGUGGCGAGAGAUAUAGGCUGUGCUGUUUGGUGUGUAAGCUAGCUAAUAGGCUAAUUCCGCUAGCUAGUCAGUUAGCAUCCUGCCUGGCACAGGAAGGAGUGGGAUGCUCGAAGGAGGAGUUAACCAAAAAUCAUUAGGAGGGUUUGACAGCCGGUGUUUUAUUAAGUAAACCACCCCAUAAUGAGGUGUGUAUUGUUAAAGCUAGAGGUUUGGUAACCACGUCGCCUUUUCAUUGCCAUUUUCGGCAUCUCAUAAAAUUAGCCUGGUGUGGAUAGGAUCAGAUAAUCGGCCAAGAAAAGCUAAUGUUGACAAACAGUCGUGACAUAACGUGUUAAUUUUUGCAGUUUUAAGUGGAGUCAUGUGUAGGUAAUGCCUGUUGAGUCUGAAGACUCUUAUUUCGGUCAUAUUUAAGCUUUCAAGCCGAGCUAAAGGAUGUCGAUGGUGGAUUUACUGAAGCUGACACAUUGGGCAACAACAUAGAGUGGGCUUACCAUGGCUGACAUAGUAAGUGAAAACACAUUUAAACCAGUAAAACACAUUUAAACCAGUAAAACACAUUUAAACCAGUAAGCCAGUCGGUUCAGGUACGAGAUCAAUAUGCAUUUUGAAUUAAGGUAACGUUUUGGUCGCGAUGUGGAAGGCAACCACUAAAGCUGUUUAAAAAACAGUUUCCUGACUGGUUUGGUUUACAAAUAGUCUUAAACCUACCACAGCUUUUUUUUUAUCUCUAACAUGAUGUUUGAAAUGGGUAAACCUGCAGGCAUCUUUUAAAUGUCCGUGCUCAAAAAUGCAUCAAUUCAAGACUUCAGCAAGGACACACAGGGCCAAUUAAAAUAUGGCAUUAAAAUUAAACAAUUGCAUAUUGACGACAGCCGUGAGAUAAAACGUCACUAGCUUUCUCAAGUCCGCAAAAGUUGAGUAGCUCAUUUAAAUGGAGGCAACAGUUGUGUCUGGCCCUUUGGGGCACACACAGUGGGAGUCAGAACAGCCAUUUCCUCUAGGAUUUAACACACUGGACGAUUCAGACAAUGGAGGUGUGCUCUGCCCAAACAAGAGUGGCCAGACAAGUUUGGGUUUCAGGAAAGGGGACCAGGAUCAAACGUCCUCUCAAAGUGAAGGAGGGAAGCCACCAGAAUUGGACGAACUUAUAAACAUCUCUGAUUUUUCUUGUGGAAAUUUUCAUUUUGAAGGACACAAAUCAACUGUUUCUCAAGCAUCCUUCCUUAGCACUCAACUAGAUGGAUUUUCCUUUACAGACAAAACUGAUGGACCAAGUGAAACUUUGAAAUGGCUAUUUUCUCCCCAACUCACUGAUAUGGUUAGAGAUAACUCUGUCAGUGAGGAACUCGGCCUAACGCAGGAGGAUCCGGUCAUUCCAUCAAAGACUUCUGAUACAAAUCCAGUGGAUACAUUUUUGUUGGUAGACCUCCUCUCAAAUGAACUCUCAUAUCUCCCCCCUGAGUCCUCAGGUGAGUCGAACCCACAGGUUGUAAGUGAGGAGCUGGUACACCUUUCACCAGAGGAGCAGGCAUGUCCCCCUCCCUCGCAGAGCAGGGAGACUUUGUCACCUGAAACUGGAGACAAAGGUUUAUGCCCCGAUCAAGUGACUGAUCUGCCUAUUACCUGUAGCACUACUCUCCAAGGUUUUCCUGAGAGCUGCCUCCCGCAUAACAACAUCAGCACACCACUGGAGUCUUUACAGGGAUCUGUGCCUUUGUUGGAUUUAGAGGUGCCAGAAUGUGAAGGAAAUGUGAGUCUGUGCCCUGUCGGUCCUCCUUCUGUUAUCUGCACAGGUGAGCCUUUACAUUUAUCACCAGAGGAUUCACAGGUGGAACAUGAAGGAACUGCCAAAAUUAUUGAUCUGACUUCACAGCAACAAAGGGAGAAUGACUCAUGUGCUCUGGGUUCAUCACUGACUUUGCCUCAGGCUGAAGAUGCUUUCACACAGGGUGAUUUCACCAGUGAGAGUUUUUCUGUGGAAAGUGAGUCUAAGGAUUUGAUGGAAGAAAAAGUUUGUGCUCAGGGGAAUGAGACGAUGGCUUUGGACCCGUGCUUGACUGUUGAUGAGGUCCACAAUGAGGACACUUGGGACUUGAAUCCACUUGAUGGCUUACAGGGUGGAAGUGAUCCCGAUCCGACACCAGAACAGAGGGAAGAGGAGCGGUUGACAGACACUAACCAGCUCGAAGGGCCAGACUGUCAUGAUGUGGCUUCUUUUGGUUUUUCAGUUCAGGACUUACACUCUUCUUCUCGGGAAGGGGGGUGGACUAGUGAGCAAACGGUGGAGACGAUUUCCCUCUCUAAGAUGGUGGGAGAUGACUCACUGCCGAUGGUCUCAGCUGUGAACUCGAGGGAGGAACAGGUCUCCCCGCUAAAAGCUGUGUUCGAUGCUUUGGACCAAGAUGGAGAUGGCUUUGUUCGAAUUGAGGAGUUUAUGGAGUUUGCUGCUGCCUAUGGCGCCGAUCAGGUGAAGGAUUUGACCAAGUUUUUGGAUCCCAGUGGCCUCGGAGUGAUCAGCUUUGAGGACUUCCACCGAGGAAUCUCUGCCAUUAGCAAUGGAGGUCCAGAGCCGCAGCUCUACAAUGUAAACUACAGUCCGGGGGAUGGAGCUGUGGGCUGUCCUGAGGAGUACGACGAGCAAAAUGAGGUAACGGACAGUGCGUACCUGGGCUCUGAGAGCACUUACAGCGAGUGUGAGACCUUCACUGAUGAGGACACGGGGGCCCUUGUACCCCCUGAGAUGCAUGAAGAUGUGGAGACCGACAGCGGCAUUGAGGCUACCCUGCAUGAUCCCGAAGACGGAGGAAAUAGGUUUUCCCUGAACUCGGAGCUCCAUAACCACUCGCUGGUGACCGUCAUCGGUGGAGAGGAGGAGCACUUUGAGGACUUUGGGGAAAGCAGCACAUCAGAGUUGCUGCUUGAGAGCAGCGUGGAAGGGACAGAGGGGGAGGCCGACUCCCCACUGGAUCAGCCGGCCGAGCAUGUCAAUGGUUCCUCACUGCUCUCUCCCAGCUCUGGCAAGAGGCUGUCCAGCAAGAAAGUAGCAAGACAUCUCCUUCAGAACAGCUCCAUGACUCUGGAUACGAUGAGCGAUUUGACGCGGGACAUCCUGGAGCUCGCUGACAAUGACAUCACAGACAAGGUACUCCUCCUCGAGCGUCGAGUCGCAGAGUUGGAAAAGGAGUCUGAGGCGUCGGGGGAGCAGCAUGCACGGCUGCGGCAGGAGAACCUUCAGCUGGUGCAUCGGGCCAACGCUUUGGAGGAGCAGCUGAAGGAGCAGGAGCUUUACGCUGACGAGCAACUACAGCAAGAGACCCGCCGUCACAAGGAGGCACUGGUCAAACUGGAGAGAGAGAGAGGGCUGGAACUGGAAAACCUGCAGGCCAGGGUGCAGCAGCUGGAUGAGGAGAACAGCGAGCUGAGGUCAUGUGUUCCCUGUCUGCGAGCAAACAUUGAGAGACUAGAGGAGGAGAAGCAGAAGCUGCAGGAUGAGACAGAAGCUAUGUCGGACAGGCUGCAGGAGGAGACCGAGUCCCGCAGAAAGAUGGCCGACAAGCUGAGCCACGAGCGCCAUCAGAGCCAGAAGGAGAAGGAGAGCACCCAGGAGCUCAUUGAAGACUUGCGUAAACAGCUCGAGCACCUACAGCUGUACAAGCUAGAGGCAGAAGCAAAAAAAGGCCGAACACCUGGUGCAGGGCUACAGGAAUAUCAGACCCGCACUCGUGAGGCGGAGCUUGAGCAGGAGAUCAAACGACUCAAACAGGACAACCGUAGCCUGAAGGAACAGAACGACGAGUUGAACGGCCAGAUUAUCAACCUGAGCAUCCAGGGAGCAAAGAACCUGAUGUCGGCCCCCUUCUCAGACUCCCUGGCAGCUGAGAUCAACUCUGUGUCUCGUGUAGAGCUGAUGGAGACUGUCCACAAACAGGAGGAGAUCAACUACAGGCUCCAGGACUACAUCGACAAAAUCAUCGUGGCCAUCAUGGAGUGCAACCCCUCCAUCUUAGAGGUCAAAUAGACACCAUGCAGACAGAUUGUCUACGCACACAGUGACUCCUCGGGCCGUUAAAUAUAUUGGAGACUUGGCUUUAAUAAGAGUUACCAAGAGAAGAUGUAAAAUUAUCACUUUGGUCGGAAAAGAAAAACACUGUUCCCCCUAAUGGAAGGAUUUCAGAUUUCUAAGAAGCCAGUGGCUGUGGGUGAAGAAAUAUAUUUUUUUUGUCUGAUAUUCCUCAAGUCUGUGCUUAUCUGUGAGUGUAUGUGCACACUCGGGUUCUGGUGACUUCCAUGUAUUUGGCUAGAGGGACCCGAGUCUACUGUGCUGAGUGAGUGAGUGAGUGUGUGAAUGUGCUCAAGAGGUCAGUAUCAUCAAGAGUCCCCGAAAGAAAAUCAUCGAUGUUUGAUCGAGCUAAAACAUAAUCAGACAUGUAUACAGUAACCAAAAAGGCCUUAAAAAAAGGUGAUCAAAGUAUUCAUUAAUUAUACCAUACGCCACACAUGCCUCAGAUGUGGGAUGGCGGGCUGUGAUCUUCUGAACCAGGCUGAGUCGUGAGAAAGCCGUAUGAAGUUGUGGUCAGGAGAUCCCAGCUGCAGUCUCUCUCUUGAAUUUGUUAAUGUGCUGAAAGCUUGCUGUGCCCCUUUCAGUGUGUGCUCUCCUUUAAACACGUUCCAUCAUCUUUCCAGCGAACCUAAGUGAGGGACAUUUCUUGGGAUUGAGGAUGAGAAAUACCUGAAGGGUUUUUUCAGUGUGUUUGUGAGGUGUCUUCGUUUUUUUUUUUUUGCUAUAUGUUACGCCAAGGUUUUAAAAAAAUCUUUGGUAACAUUAGAAGGAGAAAUAUAAGCUUCAAUGUCAAAAAAAAAAGAAGGAACUGGUUGGUUUAUAGUUCAUCUUGUCAUAUUGUUACCUUGUUUUUUUCUGUUUUGCAAUGAAACAGGGUCCUGGAGCUCAGGUGGGCUAGAAACCUCCGAUGACUAAAAAAAUUAUACAUUUCCCAUCACUCCCUGGCACAAAUGUUAGAUAACUCAAACAUAUCUCACUAUAUUUAGAUGGGGUGCUAUAACUGACAAAAAAAAACCUGUUUAUACUCACAAGUUCACUUUAAAAACUCUGCAAACACUUGAAACUACAAAUGAAGGGAAACUAAUGAGUGAUUCUGGGAAAUGUAGUUUUUUGUGUGGUUACGUACAGCCCACCUGUUUCCAGUGUUCUCUUGCUGAGUGAAAGUGAUGGGGAGCAAGCGUAUCCAGGUAACUUAAUUUUUUUUCUCCGCUGCACAAAUGAUUUUUUGUCAUAAAAAAAAAAAGGUGUUGAAACUGAAGAAUGCUGACAUUUGUGAGUAAUCAGAUUGUUGUACUUUGCACUAAGUUUUGUUUUGAUUUCAUUUUUUGUUUAUUGUGAAGGGAUCAAAUUGGAAACAAAGAUGGUUUUGAGCCUGCAGUGAACUGUGCAGGGCUUUUGUUGCCACUGGCUGCAGACAUCUCACUCAUGUAAAAAAGACAAAUACAACGCUAAUAUUUAUCGCAAUUGGAAAUGUUGAAAAGUACUACAGAACAUAUUGCAGCCACAUCUGAAGAUUAGUUUCCAUUGAGACAGUAUUUUUUCAGCCUUAAUGAUGAGUUACUUUGGGCUGUUUUGCUGACUGUUGGCCAGUUUGAUCCGUUUCCAGAUGUUAUUCUGACAUGAAGAAACAUGGCGGACUUGGUAGCAAUAAUGCUUGGUGAGGAAGUGGACAUUAGUGGAGGACACAUCUGCUUUUUCAAAGACGUAUGGACAUAAAAAUGGACUGAUGCCGUGCUUAUCCAGUACCUUGCAGCCAUCUCACAAAACUUGGGACUCAGACUCAGAAAUUGGAUGCGAGUGUCGGAUUUACUUGUUGCGGGAAAAUCUUGACCGAGGGGGGGACGUUUUUGUUUGAACCGCAUGACGUUCUGCACCAAUAUGCUCAGAAGAAAUCCUACUGUUCACCCUCUUCACGUCUGUCACUCCGCUCUUCUUCACCUGCCACUCCACAGGAAAAAAAAAUGGCCUUGGAUGUAAAUGACUUGUACAUGUAAAGUUUUUUCUACACUCAUUCUAGAUUCUAGGUAUUUUUAUAGUCUGAAGAAACCGACAUUUCUUCUUCUUGUCUUAUGCUAAGAGACAGCUGCCUGUAUUCUUCUCUAGCAUGUAGCGUGUACAGUAUCUGUUGGGGUUUCUUUUUUGUUUUGUUUCCUGUUUUGAAUAACUUGCAGAUAUAUUUAUUCAUCAUUUGACACAAACGACAACUCACACUCUGUGAUCUGUUCUGCUGAAAAUGUACAUUUUUUGGAUUCACAAGGGGAAAGUUAGAUGUGCGGGAGGAUUGAUUGAACUGAGAGAAAUGUUAUAUUGUGUUGUAGGGAGUCAGCAUUGUGCCUACAAGCUCAGACGUGACCCUGUAAGUCAGAACGGUAGUUUGUCGAGGUCGCUGCACUCUUUCGUGAUGCUGACGAUGCAGUGACCUCUUCAGGGUUGUGUUUUUUUUUUUUUUGAAGAUACAUGGCAGAGUCUGCAGGUUCUACUGUUGUAUUCCCAGAUGGAGUCAGGUACUGCAUGAAAAACACACGUUUUAUUGUAUAUCUCUCAUUCAGACUUGUGUUUGGACUGACAAAUCAUUUGCUAUAAUUUCCAUUAGUAGAGUUAUAGUUUUCAACAAUACACAACACUUAAAACCUCACACCCGGGCUCGCUGGCUUACACAUCCUGCCUUUAAGUGUGACUGGAGGUUUGCCCCAACAGAUUUAGUAUUGCAUUCUUUGUAGAGAUGAAUCUCCUUUUUUUUUCCAUUACAAAGAGGAAAUGGGACGACACUUGAACACAGCAGGCUGUGCUACACUUAAUUCUCUCCCUGCUUUGAAUUUGAGUGUCGGGUUUUGACAGAUGGUUCAGGGACAGGCAACACGAUAACUGGACAUUGAGACCAGAGCUGAUAAAACAUUCCCGUGAUUGCACUUUAACCAAAUUUCUCCUGCUUUCAAAAUGACCAAAGACAGAUGCUUCAACUUCAAACUGGUGAUUUUAUCUAUCAGGGUCCGUUAUCAUGCUUCUGGGAACAUUUUACUCCUCUACUAAUUCAUAAAUCAAGAGACUCCUGCCUUUAAAGGAAACAAAAACAGGCCUGCUAGUCUAAACACUGUGCCUCUGUGUCUCAAACUUUGCCUCUAAACUUAACCUGAUGAUGAGCCCAAGGAAAAGCACUAACCAUGUGACUGUCAGUUAAAUUAUGAUGAAUCCUAAACUGUAAAUAUGAAUUGUCAUUUUUGUGAUUUUCUUUUUUUCCCCUCUCUUCACACUCACUUCCAGUGUCCAAAGAAAGUCUGCUCAAGGCACAAACAUCACUACUGCAGUAGUGCAUGUCUUGCCAUUAUGUGACAUGGGAAGAUUAAAAAAAGAGAAUAUUGUAGAAAAGAGAAUCUUAAAUUUAUUCCUAUUUUCAAAGAUUAAUGUAUAAAUUAUCACAGUAUUGGUUACAGCUGUAUAUUAUUUUUGAAGAUCCCCGAAUGAUCUAAUCCUAAUUGUUACUGGGGGAAAUAUAAUUUCAGUCAUUGUAAAAAGAGAAAAUUAAAAGGUAAGCAGUGAAAGUAAGAAUAGAAAAAUAAAUGGAAUAAAAUAA